AUGCCGGGGUCCUGCCUGUGGUGCACCUGCCCGGAGCGUAUGCGGCAGCUGCUCCCGGACAGUGUCUCGCUGCGAGCGCCGGCGUGGCUGAACACGGUUCACCAGGACCUACUGUACUGCUGGGACUGUGUGCUGGAGUAUCACCACGGCAGGGAGGCUGUCACACGGGCUAGGCCGGAUCUAGCAAAGGUUCUGACACAAAAGGAAGUGGCAAGACUGGAGGAAAAUUUCACCCUCAGCCUGGAUCACCAUGACAACUUGGAUGAUGCUGUUGCCAUGGAAACACUACAUUUACCCCUGUUGGAAGUGCUGAAGUUCCCCUACCUCCUGUUGCAUCAGAAGUUGGCCUCGUUAGUAGAACGUGGUAUCCAGGCCCUGUCCACGUCAGGCCGGCCACUCAUUCUGGAGGAGAAGUCAGCAGGGGUGUAUCUACUACUGGUACAUCCCAACAGACAGAUCAGGAAAUGGGCGAUCAAGUCGGUCCGUUCCCUGGGCAUGGUCCAGCCGCAUCAGUACGAGGAGAUCAAACCUGUGAUUGGCUGGCUGCUGUCCGUGGUGAACUUUGACCUGUUUGAGAACCCUGGGAUAGGUAUGGAUGUUGAUGACCCUCCCUGUGGGAUGGAAGACUCUGUUGUCCUGCCUCCGUUCCUGUUUGACACCUGCGGCUACAAAGACUACUGGUUAGGCAUCUGUCUCCUGCUGUCCUCCCUGGACCCCUCGACCAUGAGGACUCAGAUGUUUGGGGCCAGCGGACACAGACACAUCCCUGAUGCAGUCCUCAACGCCAUGGAACCACAGCAGGGUCUGAAGGCGGGUGGUUUCUGGCCGGCGCUGCAGUGUCUGGUGGUGCUGUUUGACCGGCUAGGCUCACGGAUCUGGCAGUUCAUGUCACAUGACCCAGCAACAGUCUUCUCAACCAUCACCCAGAACAAGCUGUUCCAGAAAGAACUGCUCUCUAUGGAAACCUGCCAAGGGAAGAAGAGUAGUGAUGCAAUGGUUUCCUCAACAUCCAAACACACUCCAACUAAAAGCCAGCCUAGUCAGUUGCCUGCUUCCCCAUCCCUUUUCUUGGAAAGAUAUUCAGUAAAACAGGAGUGUGAUAGCAGCUGCCAAUCACAGACAAGCUUCUAUAGGCAAGAGCCAAUCAGGGACUCCGGUAGUAGCACCGCUGCAGAAGAUCACUGUAGCCAACCAAUCACAGACAGUCAAGCUGUGUAUGAGGCUUCUGAUUGGUGCCUUCAUCAGACCAAUGAAGCUGUUGCUCUCAGAAUACCUGAGGAUGACCUUCCAGAGGUUAAACUGUACUCCAGCAUUCCUGAUGUCUUGACAGCCCAAACAAAGUCAGCAAAUGUGCAUACUUGUGCUUUCACCUGGUUCGUGCCAUAUGUAAGUUCACUUAUUGAGUUUGGUGAAAUAGCAGGAGAACACUUAUCAUCAGUAAUUAUGUUCCUUGCUGAGCAUUCUGACCAUACUAUGCAUGGGACUCCCUCAUAUCAGUGUAAACUAGUAGAACAGUGCCUUACAGUAUUGCUGCAUCUUUUGGAACUGCUGGUGUCCAAGAACAUGCACAGACUGUUGUUGCCUACAUGUAGGGUUUGGGUUUCGCUUGCACUGAAGCACUGUACUGGUCAGAAGUUGUCGCACAAGGCAAUGUGGUCUUUGGCUAAACAUGGAACACAUGGAAUCAACCAAACAUGCCUCAAGCUGCUGGUGAGCCUUCUGAAACAGGGAGUCAAGAUACAGCAAGAUGACAGAAGUGUGCAGUUCCUGGACAAGCUGAACUUGCAUUUGUUUAGGAAGAGAGGUCCUGACAGAGACCCAACUUCAAGAGCACUCCUGUCUGAGGUUGAAGUGCAGGAAAUACAGAAGUGCAUAGAAGGGAUUCUGAAGGCAAAGGUAGCAUCCAGUGCAAUGUCAGCAGUAGUGCCGUCUUCCAUGCAGUGUGACCAAUCAGAAGGCAGAGAGAUAUUACACCAGCCAAUCAAGUGCAAUGAUGAUAGAAGUGUGGCAUCACCAUCUGCUGGUCCCUCCUGGGAAUCAUGUGCUUAUGAUGAUGAUGAAGUCGACCUUCUCACUACCUCUAGUGACGACAUUGACUUGACAGAAGCAAUCAAGUCUGUACAGAAAGAACUGGACAACCUAGAAUGCAAUUAUAAUGAUUACUUCGAAAAGGAAGAAGAUCACCCAGAGUCUCCAAGAGAUUGCUUGGACCCCACAAUACAAGGUACUGAUGAAAGGAUGACUUCUUUCCGUGAAAUGUCGCUAGUAGUUAAAGAGGAGCCCUCAGACUCCAAACAAGGAGGCAGUAAGAGAACUGGGCACAAAUCUGGAACUACAGAUAAACCCAGUCAUGCAAAGGGAGUGAACAAGGAGGUAGGAGACUCUGCUGACACUGAUAUUCUACUCCUGACAGGCCUGUUGAGUGAGAAUGUAGCUCAGAAAGGCUCGCAAAGGAUGAUGCAGAACAUAUCUCUCACCCCGACUCGCAAGGAGAAGUCCAAAGCUACAACCAGCCCAGCUUUCAAGAAAGCGACAGGAGUAAAGAUUAAAACUGAACCCCAGUCAGAGCCCACUGAUCGGAGUUGCAGAGUGUCUACAAGUUUAUUCCAGAGAACAGAGCAACAGAAACACACUGCACGUAAAACUCUCCCAUCCUCACUACCAGUUGCAGACAGAAAUACAGAGAGAACUUCUCCAGCUAAGGUAGACCACGCGUCACCCGUGGCAAGUAACAAAAUUCGCACUGCACGGAAGAGUGUCAUGCCGUACAUUCAGAGUACUGGAAGCAAGGAGUCUUUACUUUCCUGCAAAGAAGGUGUUAAAGAUAUGAUUUCGGACAUUCAGGGUCUUCCUGUACAUAGCAGAGAUAUCUUCGUCAAAUCAGAAGAAGGACCACCUAGUUCAGGAAUCUCUGUCAAAUCAGAGAGAGAACCAGCUAGUUUUGCACAGAAUACAGUCCAGGACAACAUCAGUGAUGGUGCAGUUUCAGAAGAUUCUGUCAUUGUUAUUUCUGAUGAUGAUGAAGAUGACAUGGAGGACCACAGGAGACAGUCUGGAGAGGAGAAACAGGAUCUACAUGUACAAGAGAACAGAGUCAACCUCCUUCAUUUGACCCUGCCUAACAUGCAGCCUAAAGUGGUCCUGAGGAAACUCUCACCUCGCACAAUUGAAGCUCACAUGUCUGGUAGAAGAGCCUUCUUCCCACAAGAACAAUCGAGGACAAACUGGGAAGCCUCCGCAUCUGACAGUGAGGAGGACAGCUUCCCUGUGUCUACAGGAAGGCAGGGGAAAAAACAGACCUUUAGUAGCAGUGGUGAGGACCUGUCAGACAUUGACUCUGUUCCCUUGUCUGCCCUAGUCAAAAUGUCUUCCUCAAAGGUAGAUGGUGACGUCAUCAGUAUCUCAGACUCAUCUGAAGAACCAUCCUCUGUAGACAACGCACCACACAAGAUGAGUUCCACAGGAAACAGGUGGAAACAGAAGGUUCUUAAGAAGAGGAGAAGAAGUGUGGUUCUGUCUAACAGCAGUGAUGAGGAUGAGGAUGUUAGACAAGAUUGUGUUCAGCCGAUGACUUCAGAAAAGGCUGCGAAGGUGGAAAAGGAUCCGCUUGCCAGCCCAGGGAUGCAGCGGAAGAUCAAGAGGAAAGUUAGCAGACUAUUUGGUGACUCCAGCUCAGAAUCAGACAAUGAAAUAGAUCAAGGGUCAAUCAAUGAGCACUGCAGAAAAAACAUCUCUAACUCUUUUACUUCAAAUGUAAUUGAAGAGGAGAAGAGUAGAGACAGUAUGUCGUCAGAAUUCUCAAAUGAAGACCCAAAGCAAAGUCAGUUGUCCACGUGUAGAGAAAUGACCUCACCUGGUCCAUCAUCCAGAAUUCUCAGCAAACUGUCGCUAAAAGCUGGACGGGUAGAUGACCAAAGUAGUGGCCAGAAUAGCCAAACAAGUCAAUGUAAGAACGACCAUGAAAGUGUAAGUGAUGCCCACACAAGCAAGGGGAGUUUGACACCAAAGAUGGAGAUUGUAAGAAUUGCCAGUGCCUCAGUUCAUGUUGAUGAAAGCAAAGAUGCUGUAACCACCCAACCAUCAGACACAAGUAACAGUCGUGCCUUCAUAGCAUCAGAUUCAGAGGACUCAACCAUUGUUCCAGCAGGCAAAGCAGCAACAACACAGAGCAAACUGCAGAACUCCCCUCUAAAGAUAAAUUCCUCUGUGGCAAGCAAAAUCAGAUGCCAGCUUUUGAAAAACCAGCACAAAUCUACAGACACUACGCAAAGUAAAGUACAGAGUAGCGAUGUAGAGAAGGGACAACAUUCAUCAUCAGGAGAAUCAAAGAAGAGAGAGCUAACGGAUAUGGAGCUUCUUGCAGCUGACAACAAGAACUCUGGCACAGAUUCUCAGGAAGACACACUGGCCACAUUUCUCAUAGACGACAACGCUGAAGAUCACUCGUACCUAAUGGAGAGUAGUGACCAAGCCUGGCUCGACAGCGAGUCAGAGAAAGACGAAAGAACAAAGUGUUUCAUCACAAAGAAAUUCUACAAGUCAUGCAGAAGAGAUGCUGCAUCAACCACACAAGACACCUCUACUUGUGCCUCCCUGAAGAGGAAAGAUAGUCAUCAUGAUAACAUAUUCUCAUCUUCUAUUGCUCCUGAAAGAAAAGCAGGUUCUACAGUUGAACAAAACACAAAGAAGAAGAGGAAGAUAAGACACAAGGAUUUUGAAGACAAUUCUACAGUUAGAAGUAAAGAUUUCAAUAAACCUAGAGGCAGAGACGCAGCACAUUCUCUUGCUGAUACUUGGCACAGAGAGGAUGCAUGGGGAGGAACAAACGAUGCAGAGAAUGGCGACACCAUAGAUUAUGACGAGCCUGUUUACUUUGACUUUGACCUGGACGAGGUUCCAGAGGAGGAACAGGAACAUUUCCUGGCACAGAAGUUUGCCUCGUCACAGGAGACGCCAAAGAAGAAAACAGCGCGGAAGAAAAAGGUUCAGCACGUGCAGGCAUCGAAGAAACUGGCAAAAGGAAAAGGAGGGAAAAGGGUAAAGACUGCCGCCAGGCUUCGUCUGACGUCUCGCAGCACCAUGCUGACAGAAACCAUGAUUCAGACCAGACGACCACACAGCAAGUCCAGUACAGAACCAGCUCAAACCAGUACUAGCCAGUCCAGCUCUCUUGAAACCAGUGCCAACCAGUCAGCUAGGAGCAGUACCGACCAGCCACAACUGGAUCAAACUGAUGCCAACCUUUCGGAACCUCCUGAAGGUCAACCUGAAAGUGCCUUGGGUGUUCCCAUUAGUGCACAGAUCUCCACCACUGCUCCAUCUAAUUCGUACAAACAGAAACCAGCUGCAGUGAAACCCACAAUAAAGGAGCUGCCCCCACCUAAAGUCCAGCCCAGCAGACCAGUCAACCCUGACUACUUCUUAACAUGCCUCCUGCAGUGGAACCCUCAGUGGAUGGAGGAAACAACCAGACCAGUGUUGCCCUUCCCUUGCCAUGGCCUACAGCCAGUUCCUCAGAUGUUUGGGUCAUUUGACGACUACCUGAAAACCUUCACACCUCUCCUGUUACUGGAAACAUGGGAAAUGAUCUGUAAAGAGAGGGAGAGUGCAAACUCCAAAGGACCUGCUGCCCAGAUGAAAGUUACUGUGGGGACUUGUUUCGAGGCACGGUGUCUUCAACUCAUGCACACCCAUACCCUGGUGAAAAAACAAACCUCCACUCCUGCUGAGGGAGACCUGUUGGUGCUGAGUGCUGACAGGAGAAGGGACCAGGAACAGGACAGUCCCACACAUGUACAGGCAUUCGGUGUGGUGGAGAAGGUUAUCAAACAGCCAAAUAUAGGAGGAAGUAGUGAUUACUGGAAGCUCACUGUGUGCAUCAAAGUCAACCCAACAACCUUCCCUGUCACAGAGGGACAGACUGUUAACAUCCAGGUGGUGACAUCUCUGGUGGUGAGUCAGCGUCAGUGGAGUGGUCUGAUCUUCCUUCAUCGCUCCCUGCUCGCUAGGGACAUCCUACGUCCUCGGGGACCCUCUGUCUUCUCUAUCCAAACUGACUUCUCCCAGAGAGCACACGUGGUAGGGCGGUACAACCCCAUGCAGAGGGCAGCCAUCGCAGGCGCUGCCCAUGCUGCCCUGCAGCCCUUCCCCCUGCCCAGGAUAUGUCUGCUGCAGGGUCCGCCUGGGACAGGCAAGUCUCACACCAUCGUGGGGCUGGUCAGGAAAAUCAUCCAGGCUGGCAACCCCCCUCCAGAUGGCAACCCCCCUGUCCCACCGGAGAACAAGCCCCGUGUGCUGCUGUGUGCCCCCUCCAACGCUGGCAUUGAUGAGCUGGUACGGCGCAUGAUCCGAGAGGUUCGACAGGGAGAGGAGGAGAAGGAAAACACCAAGAGGUUUUACACAGGGAACUGUGGGGACUUGAACCUGGUGCGUCUGGGUCGGCCAGCCUCCAUUCAUCCUGAUGUACAGGGCUUCAGUCUGGACAACAUCGUGGAGAAACAACUCAAAUCCUUCACCAAAGAAGUAGAGACCAGCAAGGAGCGUCACAUCGUGGUGCAGCUGACAGCGCUGGAUGUGAAGAUAGCAGACCUGGAGCGGGAGUGUGGCAUGCAGCGACUCAUGGGGAACACACACAAGCAGAGAGAGGUGGAGAGGAAGAGAGACACACUGCAGGCACAGAGGGACAAACUGGACAAGACAAACAGACAGGUCCAGCUGAAGAAGGAUGAGUACCAGCGGGAGGGUACACGGAUCAGACAGAGGGUUCUGAUGGAGGCUGACGUUGUGUGCUGUACUCUCAGCACCAGCGGCUCCAACAUGCUGGAACAGGCCAUUAGCAAGGCAGGGGUGGCCAGGAGUAUCCACUUCACCUGUGCCAUCAUUGAUGAGGCUGGACAGUGUAAUGAGCUGGAUGCCCUGAUUCCCCUGCAGUACGGCAUGUCUAAACUCAUUCUGGUGGGAGACCCUGAACAACUGCCCGCAACUGUACUGUCAAAGAAAGCCCAGGACUUGAACUUCCGUCAGUCCCUGUUUGAGAGGCUGUACCGAGUCUUCAAACCCCGGCCAGACAACCCGGUCCUCAUGCUGGACACACAGUACAGGAUGCACCCUGCUAUCUGUGCCUUCCCCUCACACAACUUCUACUGUGGGAGGUUGAGAACUGACAAGUAA